CUCGCUCAGAACCAACACAACGAUUACAGUUACGGAGGAAACGGUAUAGGUCGAUUCGAUGUUUUCAAGUGAAGAGCGAUGUUAUAAAUGAAAAGCUCCUUAAAACUGGAUUUGAAUUUCAGAUAAGUAAGACAGGCUAAUAAUACUCUACCAAAGAAAACAACUUGUAGAUUUCUUUGACAGCAGGAUUAUCCAGUAUAUGAUGGAGUGUGCUUCAACAGAGUCAAAUAAUGACCACUGUAGCAUCAAAAAGUCCAGUCAGCCAAAGGAGAUACUUUGCGCAUUGAACACCAUGCGAAAAUCUGGAGACCUAACAGAUACUGUUAUCCACGUAAGCGGUGAAAUCUUCCAUGUGCAUCGUGCAAUACUUGCUUGUAGUAGUGAAUACUUCCGUGCAAUGUUCACAAGUAAUCUUUGUGAAAGCGUCAGUGGCGUGGUACACUUUAAUGACCACAUUGACCCAGAGAUUUUUUCGCUUUUAGUUGAUUUUUCGUACACGACCGAAGUAACAGUAACAGACACAAAUGCCCAGGCUUUGUUAGAAGCUGCUUGCCAUUUACAAUAUAAUAAAGUCAUCGAUGCCUGUUGUGACUUCUUGAUUGAAAACCUAGAUCCGUCAAAUUGUCUUGGCAUACAAAAGUUCUCUGAGAGCCUUUCCCUAUGGGAUCUCCACAAGAAAGCACAUGCAUAUGCCUUAAAGAAUUUCACUAAAGUUGUUAAGCACGAUGAGUAUUAUCAGCUAACGCAUCUCGAGUUACAGCGAUAUCUAUCAAGUGAUGAACUGAAUGUUGACAGAGAGGAGUCCUCUUACAAAGCUAUUCUUGCCUGGAUCGAGCGGAAUGACUCGCACCAAUUAUUGCCACCACUUUUGUCUUGCGUCCGUCUGCCAUUCGCAAGACCAGACUUUUUGCUGGAUCAGCUUGAUAAUCCGCUGAUUAAACAAAAUCUUGAGUGUUCAAACAUGCUUCGCAGUGCACGGAACAGUCAGCUACGUUUACGAGAAAACUAUCUCUCAGAUUCUACCCUUAUACCGCGAUAUUCCACCAAAUCUGAAAUAGUUGUGGUGGUUGGUGGUUUCUCCAAAGAUCAUAAAUUUGUACGCGAUGUAUUUUACUACAAUCCGUCAUCAAAUCGCUGGGGUUCUCUUACACGACUGCCUAAUUUAGAUAUAUAUGAUUUUGCAGUAGGAACAUUAAACAACUGUAUUUAUAUUUCGGGAGGAGUAAAGUCCCAGAAGUUUAGCAAUGAUGUGUAUUGUUAUAAUGUAGAUGAAGAAAAAUGGCAUUCAUGCCAAAAUUUUACAAUUCCACGUACUCAGCACUCAUCCAUUGGAGUCAAUGGCUAUUUGUACAUCAUUGGUGGAAACAGAGGAAAUAAGGUAGUGGACACGGUUGAACGAUUUUGUCCAGCUGACAACCGAUGGGAAGUCGUGAAGCCACUACCAAUUGCUGUUUCAUCUCCAACCGUCGUUUCACACAAACUUAAGAUUUAUGUGGUAGGUGGUAUUCUUAACCAGUCAAACCUGUAUCCGUACAUGCAGUGCUACGAAACCAUCAACAACACAUGGAAAAUUAUAGAGACGGUGAACAUCCCAAGAAGAAGCAUCCCUGUUGUAAUCGUUGAUGACAUCAUCUAUUUCAUGAGUGGAUGUGGUAAAAAUGGGAUGCAAGUCUACGACAUCAAAUGCGAUGCUCUACUGCCACCUAUGUCGAUGUCAAACCAUGAGAGAAAUUUGUUUGCGGCCACAGUUGUGAAAGAGAAGAUCUACGUUGUCGGCGGUAACAAUGUUACGUCUAGCCUUAAAUCUUUUGAUCCACAGACUAGGGAGUGGUUAAAAAUUAGCACAAUGCCAAGUGCAGUGAGGGCUAAUGGACAUUGUUUAAGCAUUCAUAAAUACUUAGGCCCACCAUUUUCAAGCAAGUAAUCGCCAGUAGUAUUUUAAUUUUCUAAUAAGUACUUCGCUCAGUAUAAAGAGAAGUUAUGAAACAGAGACUAAUUCACAUGUAGAAGCUUGAACUUUUAGCCUAACUUUAUAGAAAAAAAUCCUAAAUUUCAAUUACUGUACUUUUAUUUUAGUCCAUAUUACACCAUCAGUUUUUAUUUGGAACUUACCUUAAAAAUCUUUUGUUGAAUGUAACAUCAAACAAUUCUUUGUUUAAAACCCUCUGUAAACAGUGGUGGCUCUAAGUACUAAAGGUGGGACAAAAAGUGUUCGACAAGUGUAUGACAAUUUCCAACAGAGACCAUGGAGUUAGUGUCUAAGAUGAAGUCCUGAAUGGGGUCAGUGAAGCUAAGCUGCCUGGCUUCUAGAAAGACAGGGAAUUCUGGGCCAAUUUUAAGUGGUUUGGAGAAGUUUUAGAAGGUAUUACAGGUAUGCCCAUUGCCCAAAGGAUUUUGUUUUGAACAAACAAAAGUAGCUGGCAUCAGUUUAUCAGGUAGCUCAGACACAAAGUGACCUUUAAUGGAGAGGUUACUGUAUGAUCAAUGUGCACAUUGAGUGUACGAUUAAUCCGCACAUUGAGAACUUUAAUAUAAAGUGCCUAUAAACCCACCGGUAACUACAUUUGUAAGAAAGCCAACAAGAACUUGAGAUUUUUUUUUAGACUUAAUAAAAUAUUAAGAUAAAAUAUUUAUGCAAUUAUCUUAAAAUAUAGGUGCUAAAUAUAGCAUAUAAGCAUGACAUGAAAUAUCAUAUAGUAUCUCAAAUUGAAUAAUUAAUAAUGCUUAAAGCUUGCAAUACUGUAUUUUAACAUUUAUGUGUUUUACUGUUAUUAAAUUGUUUGAAACUUCAAAUUUCCAAAAUAAAAAAAAAAGACUACUUUUGAGACCGGGGUUUUCAGUGUCUUAGCAGCUUUGGUCUUUAAUUAGAAAAAUUUUUCUUAUAAAAAUAAAAGAUACAUCCAUUUGAAGCUGCAGAAAGGUCUUCAUUGGAGGUUGUAUUUAAUUGGAGGGGUCUUUAGAAGGAGACUGUAUAUCGUCCAAAUCACUUACAGUACAAAACAUGUAAAAUUGGAAAUUUGUCUUUUGUUGUAUACGUUAGUAUUACAGUAAGUCAUAACCGUGGUAUUACAGUACGUAUUGUUGCAAGUUGUUAAUAUUUCAUAUUGAUAUUCAGUGGAGCUGGUUUCCAUUGAAUAAACGUUAUCUCUCAUAUUUAUUAAAAUUUCCAGACAUGAUGAUAACUAUCUACGUGUCAUGUUUACAUAAUGCAUGAUAACAGGAUAAUAUAGUAAAAAGUGGCAUUUGAAAUGAUAGAUAGGUACACAGUAGAUGAGAUAUGGCAUGAACAAAUUUAUAUAAUUUCUGAAUUGCUUCCUUGGCAUUAAAAUAACCCCUUGUGGUUUAAUUGACCAAACUUUAUUUCUUUUUAAUCUUGAUAUAUCAGGGGAUAAAGAAAUAAAAACAAUCUUGGUAUAUUCAAGAUUUUUCGUUGUUAUGCAUGGCCAACACAAUCUUUUACUGAAUUAAUUUUAUUUUUGUGCUGUAAUAUUUAUUACAAAAUCAGAAUUGUAUUUUUUAAUGGUUGGUGACCAAAAAAAUUUAGCCUAUUGAUUGAGCAAUGUUAUAGCAGCUUUGAUUUAUAGUUGCGAAUGAAGUGCUUUCAUGUGACAUUUUACACAGUAACUGUCCAUGUUUGUUUGUUAACACAUAAAUAUUAAGUAUACUAUAGUAAUAAUAAGCUAUGCUAUAGAGCAGAUUACAAAAGCUAUUGAAUGCUUUGCUUUUAUGUACAGUCACCCAUACACAAAGAGGAAAAAAACAAUUAUUUAUAGAUUCAUGAGAUAGUGUAUGGUGAUAUGUAUGCAUGGAUCUUAUAAAUGUUCUGCACCAAACUAUACUGCAUCUGAUGAAGCCAGCAUAGACUGCUAGCAAAAGCUUGUAAUAAAAGCUUGUAUUUUAAUUAUUUUUCUAUAUUAACUUAACGCGAGUGUAUUGACGGAUCCAUAUCUCAUAGCUGUAUUUAUAUUGUUGUGACAAUAAAGUUCUAUCAUAUCGUAUCGUAUCGUAUAAAUCAUUUAAAUCUAUAAAGUGCUACCGGUGUUUUAUAUUUUAUAUGUCAACUUGACUAUAACAUGCCUCUAUCAUUAUACAGUGUUGCAAUUCUGUCCAUCUUCAAUUGUUCUAAUGAUAAAAAUGCAAUAAUGCCAGUGUUCUGUUUUUAAAAGUCAGAUAUGUUGCAAUUAAGAAAUAUCAAAAUGUGAUAUGCUUUUUUUUUGUGAUUAACCAUGUUUUAUUUUCUAUGAACUGAUUGGGAAAAAAAGCAAUGUCUUGUUCAAACACAUGUGUGUACAGAAUGUUUAAAACAUGAAAAAUAUGCUCAAGACAGUAACGCUAAAGUUGUUUGACUUGAUACAGUAUAUUUAAUAAAUGGUAUCUACAUUGACCAAGCAUUGCCUAUAACGAAUGGAUCAUGUCUCCUGCACGUAUUAGCACCAAUCACUAAUAACUAUAUACAAAGACAUAAUGAGGAAGAAAGGUCACAUCAGGAGACGAACACUUAUAUUAAAAUAGCGUAUUGAUUUUGCUAUUAUGUAAGGAGCUUGGGCACAUCCAAAUGACAAAAGGUAUAUUCAGAUCAUUGCGGUCGAGAACUAGGAAAACAUACAUCUAAAUAUCAGGGUUUUGAGUAGUAGGACUGGAAAGAGCUCAACCGGCAGUCAUUGGAGGCAUUACAUUACUUCUCCGGAGCCAUUUUCAAAUUAACACGUUGGCUGCCAGCGAUAGUCAUCCCACAGGGUGUUGCUGUUGUGUUACCGUACGUUACCGGCAGUACACUCAAGCGGCACAAGUGGGGUCGCCCUUUGAACAUAUACUAACCCAUGCAAAAAAGUGGAAAGGAAAACUUGCACUUGGCAUAGGCAGUAAAAAGUGCUGUCACAAUGCCGCCGACGAGUGUGCUCGUCCCUUAAUAUUUUGAUUAUACAGUAUAUGACUAGAUAAAAUUUCAAAAAAGUGAUGUUUGUACAUGUAAGCUUGUUUUGGCACAUGGGAAGAAACCUUAAAAAAGGUUUGGCAGUCAACGUGUUAAAAAAAAUUAUACAGUUCGGCUAAAUAGUGUACUGGAAGUAUUACACAUUUUACACGGGAAAUUAAUGGUAAAUUAUGGAGUGGAGGAAAUAAUUUUAUUGCUUCCUCCAAACUACCACUGUAGUGUACAGAUAAAGGCAAGACUUGUUAUACAUUGUUUCAUGAACUUAUUUUUUUUUAAAGAUAGUCAGAGGAGGGCAGAAAAAAAAUAAAAAUAAUUUUUUUUUCCUUCUUUAGCAAAUUGUUUUGCCAAAAACAUCCAGACAGACGAGAGCAUAAAAAUAAAAUGUUAUUGGUGAAUAUAAACAGUGUAGUAAAGUGCUGUAAAUUUACGGUAUGUUAAUCAGGAAGAAAUAUACAAUUACAAGGCAGCGGCAUGUGUAAUAAUAAAGAUUUAUUUCUGAAAUUUCCAUUUAUUUUUAUUUUUUUGGCUAAUAGCCAAAAUUAAAAUUUUAUUUUCAUUCAAAAUCAUAAUUGGCAAGUGAAUAGGCUAAACAAGGUAUAAAAAAAAAGUCACGCAUUGCCUUAUGAGUGGGCAGCAGGUGGGUUUGAUUGCCAUAAUGGGCUGACUACUAGCUGCAGUAUUAUUAAGGAUGCAUUCCUUGCAUUUGAUCAUAUGAUCAAUGUUGUCAUGACUGUAAAUGCAUCUAGAGGCCUUGGAAGUAUUCACUAUGCACAGUAACAAAAUACAUUAAUUAUAAUGAGUUAUGGUGUUAUGUUUGUUUUUUUGCCCUGGUAGUAUUAAAAAUUAUGUCUAGUAGCAUACAGUAAUAUGAUACAUGGUAUUAAUAAUUAUUAAUAAUCCAUUGUGUCUAGUUGCAGAAGAAGGAUUAAACCUGAUAGUUAAACUAUGUCAAAAUGCUUAAAAUGGGAAUUGGUCUGUAUUGAAUUACAAGCACAAACUACAAAUACCCUCAAGACAGUGGUAAUUGUAGGAAUUUUGGAGGAUAUCUGACUCUUCGUCCGGGAAUUUUUGGCGCUGGUAUUGUUUUUAACUACUUCGUACUUGAGUGAAAAUUUUUAGCUCGGAAAAUAUCUAGUGCCUGUGUGGAAGUUUUUUUAUCCUCCACUCUAUAUCCGACAGGCUGCAUUUUCAUUUUUACAAACCGAAGCCUAUCAUAGUUUAUGUUGAAAAACAAAGGCUACGUUAAAAUAGGCAUAUAUUAGGAAGACUUGCAGGCCUAUAAAGAGAAAUUGAAUGGGUGAGGCUGUCAAAUUUAGAAGUACACAAUUAUGUUGGCUCACCGCUGGUCUCAACAGAUUGGAAAUGGCCACCAGCUUAAAAAUGUUGAACACCCAGGUUCUACGAUGUAGUGAAGGGUAGAUAUAAAGCAGUCCCAUAGCAAAAAAAGUGGGGGGGAGGGCAUAGUUCUAAAAUGUCAAAGCACAGGUUGAGAUAGAGGAUGAACAACUGUCUAGCUCACAGAGAAUUCUGUGAGUUCUACAAUUUAUUAUGCUCAUUGAAUUAAAAUUUUGGUUCAAUUAGAUAUCACCACAAAUGAUGUAUGUUCAAUAUAACAUAUAUCAGUAAGUACAAAGAUGCUUUGAUAGUCUUAACAGGAUAUGAUUCAGUAAGCCAACAAUCAUCAAUUUUACUUUCAUAUUAAAAUGAUCAGCAGGUUAACUAAAGCUACAAAUCAUUUAAUAUUAUUAAUAUUCUUUCACACUGAUCAAAACAAUAAAACAGUAAAAAUAAAUUAUGUAAAUGUAAAUCAGAUUUUUCAUAUAUAUUUAUUUCUUACAAAAUUAAAAUCCAAAGAAUAUUUUCUUUCUUUACAUACAGACAUGUAAACCACUUGCUUGAAAUCUUUCAUUAUGUAAAUUUCACAAUAGAAAAUG